UGGUUAGGGUGAGUGACACAUGUUUCCAAUGAUUGGGAGCGCACAGUCCAUGAUUACUCUCUCAUUCUGUCCUCCACACAACAGACUAAACAUGAGGCUGUUGGCCCUGCUACUGCUGCUGCCUCUGCAGGCUUUUACAUCAGCUUCUGAGGAGUCAUGCAUGGAUCGUUGCGAAAAUGGCUUUGACUCUGCAAAGAAAUGCCAGUGUGACUCCAUGUGCAAGUACUACAAAAGCUGCUGCUCUGACUAUGAAUCUACUUGUGGAAUGAUGACACGAGGAGAUACAUUUGUUUUUGCUGAAGAUGAUGAGCUGUUCGACAGUACCACUCCAGCCCACCACCGAUCAACUCUCGACCAUGGCUCUACUACUGCCAGUCGCCAAGAAAUACCUACGGAACCCUCUAUCAUGGACUUUAACCCCAGACACACACAUGAGGGCACAAUAGAGAUGACUAAACCACAGAAAGAGGACAAAGACACAGAGGCUACUGCAAAUGAUACAUCUGCAGACUCCACCAUUGCCCCACCCACCGCUGUGCCCUCCACCACUGCAUCCCCCACCACUGCACCCCCAGACCCAGACGCAGAGGUGUGCAGUGAGAGACCAUUUGAUUCUUUCAUGCAACUCAAGAAUGGUUCCAUCUAUGCAUUCCGAGGGGAGUACUUUUUUGUACUGGACCAGAAAUCAGUGCUUCCUGGUUAUCCAAAACUCAUAAAGGAUGUAUGGGGUAUCAAUGGGCCGAUUGAUGCUGCUUUUACAAGAAUGAACUGCCAGGGAAAAACCUACAUUUUCAAGGGAAAUAAGUACUGGAGGUUUGACAAUGGGGUUCUGGAUGAGGACUACCCUAGGGACAUCAGUGUAGGAUUUGACAAGAUUCCUGAUUAUGUCGAUGCUGCAUUUGCACUACCUGCUCCAGGGCACAACGGAAAAGAGAAAGUCUUCUUUUUUAAAGGAGACCAGUAUUAUGUCUAUGAAUUUGUGCAUCAGCCGUCCCAUGAGGAGUGUAUUGGCAUGUCUGAGAGAUCACCAUCCACAAUAUUCAGACGUUACACAGAUGUUUACUAUGGAAACUAUGAGCACUUCUUCAGUGAGCUCUUCUCUGAUUUACCCCAGCACCAUGAUCACCAUCACUUCAUCGACAAGGACUGGAAAGGCCUCAAGUCCCCUGUGGAUGCAGCAAUGGCAGGCAGAAUCUACGUCACUCCCUUGAGAUUUACUCCAGUCAGAAAUGAUGACCGCCAACAGUGGAACCAAUACAGUCAGCAGUGGAGCCAGCAGUAUGGAUGGGGUCGUCGGAGGCAAAAUCGCUCACCUUACUGGGAAACCAUGGCUGAAAGGGGCAUGAACAUGGGCCAAGACUUAGCUCAAAGGGGUAUGGAGCUAGGGAUGAGGUUAGCAGAGAGGAGAAUGGAGAUGGAGGAGAGGCUUGGGAGAGACUGGACCAGAGGUUGGGACCAGGAUUGGGACCAGGACCAGCGCUGGGACAGAUACAAUUCGAACAACAGAGGAAACUAUAACUCUAGAAACAGCCGGGGAAACAGCAGGCCCUGGAAUCCUCUUCAGAAGACUCAGCCAAUUCAGACGGUCUACUUCUUUAAAGCAGAUAAAUACUACAGGGUGGACCUCAGGAGUAAGAGAGUUGAUCCAGCUAUGCCUCCGUACCCCAGAUCUAUUGCCAAGUACUGGCUCGGCUGUUCAGGCACCACAGGGGCAGAGAAGUAACUGCAAAUAAAAUUAAGUACUGUAAUGUAAAAUUAAACUGUAUUUAAAUACCGGUACUUUCUACACGCUUUUGCAAUACUGGAGAUCAGUAAAAGGUCAAAUACUAUACAUAUAAAUACAAGUAGGCUAAAGUUCACCGCCUUGACCUGCCUUUAGUUUUUUUUUUUUUAUUAUUAAUUAUAUAAACUUAUCAAUAACAUAACACAUUGCUUACUCUUUAACACAUCAUGACAUGUUUUGAUGAGUAUACUAGUAUACUCUAGACUAGAUUAGUCAAAGUAAAGUUCAUUGCAAUCAUGUUUUUCACAUCAUGUGAUAGCACAGGUCAAAGUGCAACAGUAGUAACCUUUAGUAAGUCAUUAGGAUUUUUUUUGCUUAUUUGCAUGCAACAAGUUAUACAGUUGACAUUUUAUAAAGAUGUUUGUCAGAAUGUUUUAUUUAAUAAACAAAAAACAUGCUCAAUUA